GACCAGCGCGCCAAACUUAAACGCGCCGUCGUCGCGUUCGGCGGUCUUCGCAGACGGUAGUGGCGUAGUGCCCGCGGGUUCAGCAGCCGACAUGGAUCGGCUAUUGAUUGUAAAGCUCGCGCGGAACACCGUGCUUCCGUUGGCUUACAUACUAACCGCCGCCGCGUUCGUGAUAGCCGGCUACUUUUUGGCCCUAAAAACACAGUCUUCCAUGUUGUUUUGUAAAGAUGGAAACUUUAAGCAGUUCCUUAUUAAAAAAGUACCUGUUGUCAGAGAAAAAUAUUUACCUUCAAUUUGUGGUUUCAAUGGGUAUGCACAUACAGUUUUGGCUACACUAUUUAGAGAUAUCAUUACACCUACAGUAGUGUAUGACAGAGAAAUUUUGACGUUAAACGACGGUGGUGAACUCGCUAUAGACUGGCUGUAUCCAAAAUCUAAAGGUCCACAAAGUUUAGUUACUGUAAUCAUACUCACUGGACUUACAGGCGAUAGUCAAUCUGAAUAUGUCAGGGAAACGGUUAAUGAGCUAUUUGAAAAAGGCUAUUGUUGUGUUGUUUUUAAUUACAGAGGCCGAGGAGGUGUAAAACUGAAGACCGCCCGAACGUACUCGGCGACCAACAUCGAAGACUUGACUGAAGUUCUGAAACACAUUAAGUCCAAACGGCCAAACAGUCCGAUCGCCGGCAUAGGAUUCUCAAUGGGAGGAACAUUACUGGGAACAUUUUUAAUGUCAUCUGAACAAGAGAAAAACAAACACUUGGUCACAGGGAUACUAAUAUCAGUUCCAUGGAAUGUAAAACAAGCUUGUAAAAACGCAGAAAGUUCUUGGUUGAUGCGAAAAAUGGGCGAAAACUUGUCCCAUCAUUUACGUAGUGUCGUCGUUAAGAACAAAGAUGUCGUUUUCAAACAAGAUACUGACAGAGCGUUAGAUUACAACAUGAUUAAACAGUGUAACACCAUCCGUGAGUUCGAUACAGCCUAUACCAUUAAAAUAUUCAACUACUCCAAUGUAUAUCAUUAUUACGAGGACGCAACAUUGAGCAACAAACUUCAUCUGAUCAACGUACCAUGUCUGUGUUUAAGUGCCGCAGACGAUCCUUUUCUUUACUUUAGAGACAUACCCGUGAACGAAGCUGACAAACACGAAAAUUUGGCUAUCUUAGUGACUUCUGGCGGUGGUCAUGUGGGUUACCUGGAUACUUUUUGGCCAUUCACGAACAAUAACUUUAUGUUAAAGCUCAUCCAACAAUAUUUCGACGCGAUUAUGGUAGAUAAGAAUUAUGAAAAAUUUGUUAAUCUUUAAACGAUUUGUUUUUCUAUUUAUUACAGUAAAAUAUAUAUUAGUGUUGUACGUAAAUUAUAAAACAAUACUGUAUACGACCGAUGAUAAUCGUUGCGGGUAGGAUUAGUGACUUUAAAUAUUGCUUUUGAUUUAAACUAUUUUGUUAUUUGAAUUUUAAAUCGAAAAUGUCACUAAGACGUUUUAAGCAUAGUUUUAAAUUAAAAACAUUUUAUUACUUCGUUAUUGUUAUUAAUAAAUGAGAUGGAUCAAGGGUAUACAUACAAUAGGUUAUUGAAUAAAAUUCAAAAUUGAUAAAUUAUAAGAAUAUUAUUUUAUUAGAUAAUAUAUUUAAAUGAAGGAAUAAUAUUGUUUUUGUAAAAAAUAAAUCGUAUAGCUACCUGCAUUUUGUUAACCUUAUAACUUGGUUUGUAUAUGUUUUAUACAUAUAGUCCCUAGUCUUUACUCCCCUCUCUAUACGUUCUGAAAUUCGUAAAAACCCAACAAGAGAUAUCCGUUUUAUGAAGAGUUUAAUACUUUAAUGUAUAAUAAGUUAUUUUUUCAUUUAAAUACUAUCUAGUAAUAACAAUUUAUUUUUAUUUAAUUUUUUAUUACAUUAUAAUUAAUUCAUGAUUUAGCAAUAUUAUCACGCCAAUUAUUAUUAUAAAAAUACUUUUUAUUUUAAUGAUUUAUGUUUAUUUAUUUCAAACUAUAAUUAUAUAGUAUACUCGUAUAUGUUAACAUUUCACAAUAAUAAUUACAGACUAGAUAAAUUUUUAUUGUAGAAUUAUUAAAUUAUUUAUAAGAUACAUCAGAUUAUAUUAUACAUUUAUGUAUUGUGCAUGUUUUUUCUGAUUAGAACACUAAGCGUCCGGGCCACAUUAGGCUGUAACAAUUUGUUUAAUUUAUAUGUAUUAUUUUAAAUAUUUUUGUUUCAUAUAAUAACAUUAAUUGGAUAAUGGAUAUGUAUACAAAAUACAAAUUAAGUAAAAAAUUAAUAAAUUAUGAAUACAAAUUUAAUUUUUAAAUUUCAAUAUUAUGGAUAUUAUAUACACUGUGGUGUUAUUAUUAUUCAUUAUUAUAAUGAGUAUAAUACAAGUAAUUACUAUUUUACUAUACGUAUAUUUUUAUUUACUCUAACUUGUAUGAGAACUACAUGAAUAACUAUUAUUUAUACUAGUUAAUAAUAAUUAUUAUUUUUAUUCAUCUGGAAAUAGUGAAAAUAUAACAAUAGAAUAAUAACAACCAUAUAUUUGUAUUUUGUAAUAAAUAUCAAUUUACAUUUCACAAUAUUAUUAUAUUUACAUUUAUUAAAAAUAAAAUUAUUAGUUAAAAUUACGA